UGUCCAUAACUGAGGGCGUCCUUCCACCUCAGAAACGCGAGUGUCUGCGUUGAAGGGCAAUCCCGAGGCCACCCAUCCUUCAUUUGCUUCACGCCUACACCGCAGUUGUCCCUCAAGGCUUUCCUACACGCCACUGCACGCCACUGAGAGCACGAUACGGGCGCUCCUGCCAUGGCGACUCACGACAUGGAGGGCGACGAGCAGGUGGCCGACCGCCGCGCUGAAGUCUAUGGAAACCCAAUCGAGGACUCGAACCAGAGCCUGUGGGAUGUGCUGAGCGGGUCGGCAUCUCAGUUCCCAGAAAGAACCGCACUCAUAUCCAUGUGGCAGCUCGGGGAUGGCUGUGGCAGCGUGGACAGCGACGACUCCCCCGAGGGCUCCCAAUGCUUGAGGUGGACUUUUGCUGAUUUGCACAAACGAGCCACGGACCUGGCAGACGACCUAAACGCGCUCGGCUGUCACGCCGGCAUGCACAUGGCCGCGAUUUUCUGGAACUCGGCAGAAUGGGCUUUGUUCUUCUGGGCGGCCGCGAAGAUGGGCAUGGUCUACGUCCCGAUCGACAGUCGCGGCGGCGAGGACACCCGAUUCAUCCUCUCGACUUUGAACCCGGAGGUGCUGGUGGUUCAGAAUGCGGAGAUGGCGCGCUCGCUUGAUCUGGGAAAAGGCCAGACGGCAGCGCAGAAGCUCCUCAUCGACUGCUCUGGUAGCUUCAAGCAAGGUUGGAUGACCUUCAAUGGUCACAAUCUGAGGGACAGUCAGGGCGAUCGAGUUGGAUCGCCAGUUGUGGGACAGAUAACUUUCGAUGAUCGGGAGGGCACGGACGAGGCAGCCCUCAUCAUCUUUACGAGCGGCACGACUGGAACGCCGAAAGGCUGCAUCCACACGAACCGUAACCUCAUCGCCCAGACAUUCGACUUUGAUCCGGACCCCCCCGAGUACAUCGCCAAGUGGGUUGUCCACACGCCCGUGUCCCACAUCUUCGCCAUCAACAACGCCCUACGAGCAUGGCGGACCGGAUCGUCCGUCGUAUUCCCCUCAAAGACCUUCAACGUCGCGGCGACCGUCCGCGCCCUGGCCCAGGAACAAUGCAGCGUCAUUUCCGCGACCCCAACACUGGUGCGGGCUCUCCUCGCGCACAAGGACUUCCCCAGCCCAGACGACCUCAGCCUCUCCAUGGUCACCAUCGGAGGCACGGGCAUCAGCGAAGAGGACAUCCGCCUCUGCCUCGAGGAGCUCGGCGCAGACCACGCGGUGCAGGCGUACGGUAUGAGCGAGGGAGCGCCCCUCGUGAGCUGGGCGCGCGGCGAUCCGAUGCUCACCGACGGAUACCACCCGGGUGUGGGAAAGAUCCUGCCCGGCGCAAACGUCCGCAUCUGCGCGCCCGGCACCCGAGACGUGCUUCAGCGUGGAGAGGUUGGCGAGCUGCACGUUGGCGGACCAUCCGUGAUUGUGGGUUACUUUGCGGGUGCGGACAACGGCGCGUUCUACGCGGACGACACUGGGAAGUGGCUCGUCACCGGCGACCAAGGCAAGAUUGACGAGGAUGGUGUCGUGUAUCUGUUUGGACGGUACAAGGAUCUGAUUAUCCGCGGAGGAGAAAACAUCCACCCUGCGAGGAUCGAGUCUGCCUUGGCGGAGCUGCCCGGCGUGCAGAGCCAGAUAGUUGGCAUCCCUGAUGACACCGCCGGACAGCUCCUCGUCGCAGUCGUGAAUCUGCCAGACAACAUCACUAAGCCUCAGAUCAGCGAAAAGGCAAAGGACCUGGGCCCCAAGUACACCAUCGAUCAUGUGUACACACUGCAGGAGAUUGGACUCGAGCGCUGGCCCGUCACCUCCCUCGGCAAGCCGAAGAAGGGUCUCCUGACAGAGGCUGUCGUCGCGAGAUUUCGUUCAUCAGUCAUGGCAAGCAGCUCCCAGCGAGCACAAGGCCCGGCGUCCCAGCAGCUUGCAGAUGUCUGCAGUACCUUGCAAGCCGUCUGGUACGCGUUGACCGGGGACAAGCCCGGCAAAGACGAUACGCUUGCCUAUCUUUCCGACAGCAUCGCCCUACUCCGGUACUGCGACGGUGCCCUGCGCGAGACGGGACGGCGCUUGUACCUGCAGGACCUGGCUGUCCACGACACCAUCGAGAAGCAGGUCAAGCUUCUCUUGGACAGAGAAUCGGAGCAUUCGGACGAAGAUUCGAGCGCUCAAAGAAACCCUACGGACUACCGACGCUUUCUGGUUGAAAGAAAGGAAGAGCUCUGCAAGGACGACCUCACCAUGGUCAAGCCUCACCAUUAUGCUUCCAUGUCUCCGAGAGAACUCUGGGACGUGGGAUGCAGACGCCUGAUUUCCAUUGGCUUGCAGCGGUCCAACGUCGAGGACAUCAUUCCGAUCCGCGACUCUCUGCAAGGCAUGGCCGCAGGAUCGCGCCCACAGUCCUUCCACGUCCGUGUCAACUUCCGCGUCGCCGGCGUUGCGCAGAGCAAGAUCCGCCAAGCGUUGGAGAGCGGUCUUCGUGAACACCCCAUCCUCAGGGCGGUGGUCGCUACGCCGCCCAUCGGUCCAAUGUUCCACGUGGUCGUUGAAGCCGGCACGGAACUAUUCGCCCGUCAGAUCAAGGAGCAGACGGCCGUUUGCGAGGAGCAGGCCACGCAGAUGUGCUCCGACGACGCUACAUCGUCCCAGGCCCCCGAGUUCAUGUUCUCUGCCACGAUCAUCUCAAUUAAGAACACGAAUCAGUGCCUCCUGUCCAUGACGUACAGCCACUCUGUCAUGGACGCCAUGUUCCUGCUCCAGUGGCACAAGGACCUGGCCAGUCUCGUCUCCGGAAAGCCUCAGACACAGUCCAUGAGAACCCCCUACAUUUUGUUUGCAGAUCUGCACCGCGACUACCAAGACAGCCUCGCCGCCCAGAGGGACAUCCGAUUCCACGUCCAGCGCCUUCGGGGCAUCUCUCGUCUCCAAUCAGCCCUUUGGCCACCCCAGCGCGCGCCAGGAUGGAUGGUGUCCAGCGACAAGGACGCUCCCCAGGCAGAAGCUCGCCAAAAGGCCCGAGAGGCUAUCUGGAAAGGAGAAUGGAACGGACAGAAGGAACGAGAGUUUCGUUUUCCGCAUAGAAGCCGCCUCGUCAGUCUGCCCAGCCUGCUGGUCUUGCGACAGGCCUGCGGCAUCGAGGCGCCCAUCCUGGCGCGCUGCGCGGUCGUGCUCUUCAGCAUCAUGCAGACCAAGUCGCGUUUCGCCGUGUACAGCUCCUACGAGGGCGGCCGUUCGUGGCCGUUUGUGCCCGACUGGAUGCAGGGCUGCCUGCCCCCUCCGAUGAGCGUGGACGGGCCGACGGUGGAGCGCGUGGUCAACAUGGUCGAGGUGCGCCCCGAAGAGACCGUGCGUGAGUUCUUCGCCAGGAUGAAGCUUGACUUUGAGCAGACGGUUCGACACCAGCACGCGCCGUGGGGUGGCAUCCUCAAGGAGCUCAAGGAGGAGGCGCCUACCGCGGUGGAGGCUACCCUUCGACAGUCGUUUGUGUGGGAUGUGAGUAUGGGGAUGGCGCUCUCGCCGCAAUAUCAGGAGGAAAAGUCCUCGUCCAUCUUGGAGCCAGUGUCGCGCCACGACUGGCCGGAUUUCGGCUUCUGCUGGAACAUGUUCAACAUCACCACGGACAGCAUCCUCUUCAUCGCCUCGUGGGACACUGCGCAGAUGUCUGCGCGCGAGGUGGACCGCUGCUGCGACGACAUGGCAUCCGUGCUGCGGGCUCUUGGUUGCGAGGAGAACUGGGACAAGCGUGUUGGCGCAUGCAUGCCUUGACUGAUUUGGCGCUUUGCUUUCGAAGAAGCUUGUUUGCCACAAAAAAGAAGAAGGUGUUUUGUGAAUCGGAGCUUUCCUUCUCGGUCUUAUAUGACGGUUGCGUGGGCUUGCUAAGGUGACGCAGUAAACUCGGCGAGCAGGAGCUCCCAGCGCCUUGUCAGUUGCGUCAAAGGCACUCUUGUCGUAUAUAAAUAGAGGCAGCAGUUUCCCGAAUCUUGUCCUCCUC